AAUGAUAAGCUGAGUGUUCGAUUGAACGAUGCAGAAAGGUGACACAUUUAAAUUCAUUCGCUGGCAGGUAUGAGUUGUCACUUUUGCAACAAAUGGUUGUUGGAGCUGUCAAAUCUCUCUCUUCCUCUCUCUCUCACUCUUGGGUGAUAACCAAUUAGAUUUAUGUGUAAAUAUUUAACUGAAUCAAGAAGAUUGCAGAUAGAGACGGGAAAAAAUAUCCAUAUCAUUUUGACUGUGUGUUGUCUGUUGUGUGUGCGUUUUUUUUGUGUGUAAAUUUUAUGUUUUCAUAUAAUUUUGCCUACGGUUUUGUGCUUGAUCCGCUUUCCAAUCAAUUUUCCACCGAUAAAAUCGAGUCAAAGUGAGCGUGAAUUGAAGUGAAGACAAAAACUAUUUGACCAUUUGUGGUUUCUUUUUUCAAUAAGUGGAUAAAAGAACAAGAGACUUAUCGAGCAUCGGCAACGAGCAAAAAAAAAAAAAUAAAUAUGUCGGCAAGAAAUAUACAAAGUGACACGUCGCGAGUUGUUGUAAAAAAUCCAUUAUUAAGUGCAGUGGCUGGUUCAAUUGAUGAUUUUGUAAAUAAUUCAAUUCUAUUGCCUGCUGCGGCUCCAGUCGUCGUUGCAACAACACCACCACCACCACCACCACCAACGCUGCCGCUGUCGCAUGAGAAUCGCGAUCCAAAAGACAAUCGAGAUGCAACGAAGUCUGUGAUCUAUGGAACUGAACCGCCAGCCGCAUUAGAUAGCGACAAAUUCAGCGAAAUCAGCUUAGAUCAACCAGUCGAUGCGGAGGUUAUAAGCACUCAGCCACAGGAGUAUAAUCCAUUACAGAAUUUAGACACAUUUUUGCCCGUUGCAACAGACGAACAACAACAGCAGCAGCAACGUGACGAAAAUAUAUUUUCUCAGGCUACGGCCAUAAAAGACUCGUUGUCACAAUUGCCGGUUGUUUUGCCAGGUGUUGCGUCGUCAGUGUUUUCAUCAUUUUCGAGCAUUUUGAAGGGAGGAAGGACAUCGCCAUAUCCACCGGGAAAAGACUCCUCUUCGCACACGAGUGCUGAUCCGUCGAAUUACACCGAGCAGUUGGCGGAAAAUCACGAAACAAGUACGACGAAUCAAUAUCAGUGCUUUUAUGAUCAAUCAAUUCAACAGCAGCAGCAGCAGCAGCAGCUACAACAGCCUGAAACUCCUGCGGUUGUGCCAACAUUUUACUCGCCGACUGAUCCAACCAUUCAACGACCCGAAGCCAGUUUAUCACCAUCGUCUGAGAAUCAAUCGAGUAAUUUGUAUCGAUUGAAAGAGAGAAAAAAAUUAUAUGCACCAAUACCUGGAUUGGCAAACAAUCCAAAUCUCAUUUCACCCAAUCCGAUACCAUCGAAUUCGAUCCCACCAAAUCCGAGUGUUUCUCCUUCACCGGGCCUAAGCCAACCGACAGCAGCUGCAGCUCCCAGUCAAAAUAGCUCUUUUUCCUUAUCGUCCUUCUUCAGUGGAGCUCCACUCUUGGAUAAAGUUUUGCCGAAAUUCCCAGAACCUGCGGUAAACGUAGAUCAAGGACCAUCGCAGCCAUUUUUCUACAGCCCAUCCCAGCAACCAGCACCCACAGCAUCACAAUUCUUUAAUCCGAAUCAAUUCAGUGCAUCAGAUCCGCAUCAACAGAAUCCACACAGUUCAAACGAAGAGAACUUUGUUCAUUCCACACAGCCACCGUUCAUUGUCAGUAGCGUUAGUGCACCACCAUUGCAAGCGACUCUGAAUCAACAACCAACACCGCCACCUAUUGCAACUGUAACCUCGUUCAAUCUUAACCCAUUUCAGAAGCCUUCGGUUCAGCAGCAGCAGCCUGCACCUCGUCCACCAUCAACACCACAAAUAUUUAACGUAAACGCAUCGCCAUUAGCAACAGAAUCUACCCAACAAGUGCCACCGACAAUUCAGCCAUCGAUUGCAGCUCCUCCUGUCGCUCAAUUUUUCCAGCCGAGUCCAUUCAGUGCGCCAAAUCUUCAGCAGCCGCCGACGAUUGGAUCGAGUAAAAUCCACUUGGCUCAAUCAACUCCACCACCAUUCAGUGUCGGCGCACCGCCGUUGCCAACAGCCAUAAGCUCUACUCCACAGACGCCAGUUGCAACUCAGCCAACGCAAACCUCAACUGCACAGUUCUUCAAUCCGAAUCAAUUUGCAGCACCGAGCUCACAGCAACCAAUUAGCUCGAGCGGGAGUUUUGUCCAAUCAAAUCAACCACUUGGUGUCAACACACCGCCAUUACAAAACCAAAGCUCGGUUCAACAGCCAGCUGUUACACCAAAUUUGUACAAUCUUAAUCCAUAUCAAAAUCCAUCGGCUCCGCUUCAACCACCAUCUGCAUCAAGUUCGCCAGCGCUUGUACAGCAAACUGCGAUACCAAAUUCGUAUCUGCCACCAAGUGCUGCUCCACCAUCAUCUGGACAGAGUGUGAGCUAUCGAUUAAAAGGCAAACCGCAUUACAGACAACCAAAUCAAGCGGUGGCACAGUCACAAGCAGCGAAUCCAUCGGUACUAUUCUUCAAUCCCGUGCCAGUUCAACAACCCAUUGCAACAUCUAAUAAUUUCCAAAUAUUCAAUCCAUUGGGAUUUGAUAAUUCGCAACAACCUACUCAACAGGCUUCAAUUGCAGCUAUUCCUAGCGCUCAAUUUCCAAGCGCACCUCCUGCUUUGAUUCCCUCGCAAUCUGUCCCAAGUACACAGUUUCCACCAUCUAUUCCGCAAAUCCCGAUUGCUCAAACGCCACCAGUUCAAUUUCCAGCGGUACCAGUUCCUCAAUCUGAAAGUGUAGCACCGCCGCUGCCAGUAAGCGUUUUUAAUCCAUUUAAUCAAGCAUCGUCUACACCAGAAACAAGCCAAGUAAAUCUUUUAGAAAAGCCCGUAUUGAGUCAGCCGCCAUUAAGUGAAAACGUAGCAGAAGAUAAACCCAUUGCACUUCAACAAGACUAUCAACAAAGUGCACCACCAUUGAGCUUCAUUGUCCCGCAAGACGCAUUUCCAUCGCUUCCAAUCAAUACAAGUGCAAUUUCGGAACCAAGAAAACCACUUUUCAGCAAACCAUUCACUGUAAGACAGACGCUAUCGAGUGAAAACGUAGCAGAAGUUAGAUUUGAGCCGAUCAAACCAGAAGCAGAGGUCGAAUCAGAACCAGAACCACCAAAACAACCGGUAAUUCUGGAUUUCUUUCAAUCGACACCAUUCGAUCCAUUCCAACAGACUCAGCAGAAUUUCAACUUAGACAAUAUUACUCCACAAGCUUUAAACGAUAGCAACGCGAAUACGGACAGCAUAAAUACAGGCGUUCAAAAUUUAACUCUAGACACGGAAAAUAAUUUGAUCACAGAAAGUGCUGUGCAACAAUCGACGGAGCCAAUUGUUUUUAAACCAGUUGAAACAUCGACUUUUGAUCCAAUUUCAUUCUUUAACAAUAACUCAACGGAAUCGGUUUCUCGUGACUCGUCGAACGCAAACGAAUUGCAAAUCCAGAGUUUCUUCAACGAACCACCUCCAUUGUCCGAAACACAGGAGAACGUUCAAGAGAAAAAUUUCAAUUUUAUUCGCACAAAUUUGCUGAACAAACGCAUCGAACGCAUUGCAAACGCUGAAACGGCCAGCCCCGAAACGCUUUCCAUCGCAUCCGUUAUCGCGGAACCAGCAUCGUCGGCGCCAUCAGAAACAUCGUACAUCGAUCCACCAACGGCCGAUGUAACAGCACAAUCGCUUCCGGAAUCAUUGCAAAAUAAUCAAGAUCAAGCAGACGGUAUAAAUAUUUACAAUUGGUUAAAUAAGCAAGAGCCACCAAAUAUGGCAACAACACCGGUUGAACGCACUUCAACACCAGCCACAAGCUCAUCGACUAACAUUGCCUAUAGACCCGUUUACAAGCACUGGUUCUACAAGACAACCAGCGAAUCGAAGAGAAUAUGGAUUCCAUUCUCUUUCCCCGACUCAAUGCUGCUCGAAGAAGCAUUUGUUACUAAAGAUAAAGAUAUUGUAACGACCGAUGGCGGUCGAUUUGAUGUAAAUAUUCCGGAGCGUACACGAAACGCUGUCUAUUGGACGGCAGAAAGUAAUGAAGUUCGGCGUUGUUCAUGGUUUUAUAAGGGUGUUGAUUUCCGAUUGAUCCCCUAUGAAGAGCAUGUGGCUGAACAACUCGAAGAGGAAUACAGAGAAGCAUCACACACUGGCGAAUGGCAACGGAAAAUACCGUUGACAACCGGUGAAACAGUCAUAUUCAAUGGACCUAGCGACAUUUUACAUUUUCUGCAGUCACAGUCAACUGAUGGAUGGAACAAUGCAAUGCAAAACACCGAAGUUAGACCACGAGCAGUGAAACGUGGCACAGACGAAUUCGCAAUCGAUGAUGGUGAACCCGAACAAAUUGAUCAUUUACUAUUUAUGGUGCAUGGAAUUGGCAGCGCGUGCGAUUUGAAAUUCCGUAAAGUUGAAGAAGUUGUGGAUGAAUUCCGUAGUAUUGCAUUACAAUUAGUUCAGUCGCAUUAUCGGAGUUCAUGUGAUCAAGGUAUUGUCGGACGCGUCGAAGUCUUACCCAUUUCAUGGCAUAGUGAAUUGCAUUCAGAGGAGUCAGGCAUCGACGAGAAAUUGAAGGCAAUCACUUUGGAAUCGAUACCAAAAUUAAGAAAUUUCACCAAUGACACAUUACUCGACAUCCUUUUCUAUACUAGCCCGGUAUUUUGUCAGCAAAUCAUUGACGCUGUCUCUGGAAAUAUAAACAAAUGUUAUGCAAAGUUUUGUGAGCGAAAUCCAGAUUUCCACGGAAGUGUAUCGGUGUCGGGUCACAGUUUAGGAUCAGUAAUUCUCUUUGAUUUGCUUCAGCAUCAACGUGUUGAAGUGGAAAAUUCAGAGAAUCUUGAGAAUGCAACACGUGUAAAAUCGCCAUUGAAACGGCAUUGUUCGCAACAAAUCAACUAUACAAUAGGCAAUGCUGGUACUGGUCAACCGUAUAUUUCGUAUCCACAGUUGAGUUUCCAGCCCAAACACUUUUUCGCUCUUGGAUCGCCCAUCGGAAUGUUUGUCACCAUUCGUGGCAUUGAUGCACUCGGAUUGGAAUUCAAACUACCAACCACCGAACACUUUUUCAACAUUUUCCAUCCGUACGAUCCAGUUGCCUAUCGAAUUGAAGCGUUGGUCAAUACCGAGUUGCAGUCGAUGCGACCGGUAUUAGUGCCGCAUCAUAAAGGACGAAAACGAAUGCAUCUCGAACUGAGAGAAACGGUCGCACGUGUCGGAGCUGAUAUCAAACAGAAAAUACUGCAAACAUUGAAAUCAACCAUCGACACCGUCUACAGCUAUACCACGCUACACAAGGGUGGUCCAAACGACACAAAAGCUAUUACACAGGAAGUGAACAAGGUCAUCGAUGAGCAGCUAACUUUGGAUGAUCUUGAAACAUCGGCCAACACAUCGAGCGCAUCCAGUGAAAUUGAUACGGGCGAAACGGAUUUGGCACUCGGCAAAUUCAACGGUGGCAGACGAAUCGACUAUGUUCUACAAGAAGCACCACUUGAAAUUAUCAAUGAAUACCUUUUCGCACUCACAAGCCAUGUUUGUUACUGGGGUUCGGAAGACGCCACUCUAUUUAUAAUGAAGGAAAUUUAUACAUCGCUUGGUGUUCAAGCAGACACUAAAAUACCACAGCCUACAAUGACAAUUGAACGACCUUCACCAGCUAAUUCAGUAAAAUCUAGUCCAACGACUAGCUAGGUUAAUUCAUAAAUGUUUUUUUAGUUUCUUAAAUAAAUAUCUACUUUUUCCAUAUUUCGAAACAGAAAAAAAAAAUUGAAGAAGAAAAAAUGAAAGAGAAAAAGCGAUCAGUUUAUGUACUACGUAUAUCGGGCUUUUGCCCGAAAAUAUGUUCAAACUCGUCAAAUAUUCACCGUUUAUAGUUCUUUUUUCUCUCGGUAAAAAUCAAAAUUUAUAGCAUAAUUUGUUACUGUAAAGAAAAAAUAUUUGCCAAUUAUCUAAAUGAAAAGAAAACAAGAAAAAUUUGCGCAAAACUGUAUCAUAUAUCGACUUUAUUAAAUAAAAUCAAAACAGAAAAAAAAAUAUAACAAAA